UAAUAGUUUUUUCUUUUUCCAUUACCGUCCCUGAAUUCAUUUGGUGUGAGGAAAUGAAUAAAUGGGAUUAUACUGCCGAAGUACUCAAUGCAGACAUUAAAAAACAAAGGAAACAGUCGGUCUACAUUUCAAAAUUAUCAAAACACACUGAAUUUCCAGCUAAACCCAGCAGAAAGCAUACAUUUAAAAUAACAUUGUCUGUAAUUAACCACACCCUUCCUUUCCCCUUAGUCUCACACGGUAAAAACUAAUUGCGGCAUAUCGCUGUCUCCUCUCGCUCUCUCUCUGUCUAACAGUGGAAAAGGGGGGGGAACUGCCUGUGUGGUCAAGCCCUUGGAACGUGACCGCACGGGACAGGGAGGCCACGCAGGCGCUUAUAGAGCAUUACGGGUCACCGGAGAUCCAGCAUAUGCUAAACGAUAGGACCACCAAAACCAAACAGAUUUUUGAGAUCAUUGCAAACCGGAUGGAGGCGCAAGGCUUUCUGAUCAGUCAGAACUCUUGGAAAGCGGGUGAACGGUGCUUCCAAAAGUGGAGGAACAUGGAGCGGACAUACAAAGACUACGUCUUGGCGCGCAAGAAGACGGAUGCUGGGCGGAGGAAGCAGCCCGAGUUCUUCGAACAGUUCCACGCGCUCAUGGGCCAGCGGCUCAGUUUAAAGCUAGCGGCUGCAGCCGACUCUCCCGCCCGUGGUGCCGGAGCCAAUACCAAGGCAGGAGCUCCACCUCCCGCUGUGCCCCUGUAUGCCAUCGUUGUCCCUGCCAGUCAACCUUUUGCCCUCAGCAUCCCUUCCACCUCCAUUUCGGAAUCAGAGAACCAUGUCCACGCAGGCAUAACUAAAUCCAAGCCUUCGGCGAGAAAGUCAGAAAGGGAGAGGAUCCCUCAUCGGAAGCUCCUCCAAGCAAAUGAAGAGAAGGAAGAGACGGCAGAGAAGCGGGUCCAAAAGAAAAAACGAAGGUCAUGGCUGGGGGAGAACAGAGCUGUUGAAAAUGGGGAUGAUCUACUGGAGGGGCCAGAGCAACAAAUAACCAGUCAGGACAUUGAAGCCACAGAAGCACUUGUUGAGCUGUAUGGGUCACCAGAGAUCCAGGGAUUGAUCAGGGAAAACAAAACCCGCACCAAAAGGAUUUUCGAAAUCAUUGCCAGUAGACUCAAGGAGCAGGGCUUUCCCAUCAGUGAUAUGCCUGAAAGAGCAGGGGAACGCUGCUUCCAAAAGUGGAGGAACUUGUCACGAGCAUAUAAGGAAUAUGUCUUGCACCCAGAAAAGCCAGAUGCUGUGAAAAGAAAGCCACCCCCUUGCUUCGAGCAGCUCCAAGACCUCAUAGGCCAGAGACUAAGCCUCCAGCUGUCAACAACGAACAGCUCCCCUGCCCCUGAUGAAGGAGCCGAGGAGGAGCAGGAAGGAACUUGCCAGUCCCUGCUCAAUGCAGUGGAAAGUCUCUCGAAUCCAGCCAUUGGUAUAACUCUCCCUUCCUCCUCCUCUCCUUCCUCGCAAGCAGGGAGUCACCUCUCUUUGGGGCCCUCGGGUCUAACUGCAAAGAGGAAGAAGCUUGUGGAUGUGGCUGAGCUCCUCCAGGAGUACAGAGAGGAGGCAAGGAGGCGGGAGCAGGAGAAGGAGAAGAGGGCAGAGGAACGAUUCCAACAGCUGCGCAGCAUGCUGGAGCAGCAGCACACGGAGCAGAUGGCACUGAUGAAAGAGUUGAUAAAUGCUUUUAAGAAAAACUGAUUUUUUUGCCACAGAAUCCUUUUUAAGCUAAUCAGCAUAGUAG